UUCAAAGGUGCAAGGCAGAAAGCAUGGUGGUUAGGGAAGCUAGCUGAAGUAACUUAAAUGCGACAAAGUUUGUUUACAAACGUCGUUUUUACCUGUUCUUGUGAGACAUGAUGUCGAAAGACCCAGAAGUGUCGGAGCAAGCCUUAAUUAAAUUGAUAUACCUGCAUUUGAAGGAGAAUGGACACGAGAAAGCGGCCAACGUGCUCAAAAAGCACGCCCCUCAGGUGAAGACUACGAGUGUGAAAGCGUCUCUGAAUGACAUAUUCAAGAAAUGGCAGAGUGAGGAAAGUGGAAAGAACAGUACAGGGGAAGAUUCACAAGGGAAAUCAACGGUCAGCAGCUCAGCACCCAAACCAAAAAGGCCCAGAAAUGUCCCCAAGGAAGGACCCAAGAUCAAAUCUAAAAAAAAGGACAAAUUACAGAUAGCAGCUGGAGCAGGGGAUGAGAAAAGGAAAAGACCUCAGAAAAAGAAGGACAAGACAGCCGGUUCAGAAGGAGGCCACACAGCUGUUCCAGAACCUCCCUUCAUAAGUCCCACAGUAGAAGAUGAUUCUGACUCAGAUUCCAGCCUCGAUGUGGAGAAGUGGAAGAGAUUAGCUCUAGAGUUCUCUGCUCCCAAACCAAAAAGGCCCAGGAAUGUGGGAUGCAAUAUCAGCUCCAGAAAAAAGGACAGAUUACAGACAACAGCUGGAGCAGGGAAUCAGAAAAGUCCUCAGAAAAAGGAGGACAAGACAGCCGGUUCAGAAGGAGGCCAGACAGCUGUUCCAGAACCUGCCUUCAUAAGUCCCACAGUAGGAGAUAAUUCUGACUCAGAUUCCAGCCUCGAUGUGGAGAAGUGGAAGAGAUUAGUCUUAGCAUUCUCUGAUGCUGACAUGGUAAAGACAAACAUCAGCACCUCUACUGCAACCUUUACAGAGAAGUCUGCAAAAAUAAGACAGCCAGCCAAGACAAAAAACGAUAGAGGCACAAACAUGAAGUCCAGGCCCUCUGCCAGGAAAACUAAAGCUAAACCUGCAAUCAAUCCCUCAAAAACCAUGAAAACAGAGAAAUCUUCAAAACAAAGAACCAAGAAAACUACCAACAUUUUUGAGGUAGAUGAGAUUGAAACUCCAUCCAAGAAAGCGAAAGAUGAAGGCAGCCUUUCAGAACCUAAUGUGGUUGAGAUCCCUGUAAAUGAAAUGAACAUUCUUUCGGAACAGCUUGUAAUUCCUAAGACUGAUGAUCUCUCAGAGAAUGGCAGAAUUAAAACUCCCCCUGAAAAGGUUAAACACAAAAAGAAAAAUAGCAAAUUAGAAUGUAAUAGCUUUGAAACUACAAUCAAAAAUGUUGGGACUCAGAAACUAGAAAAUCUGACAGAAUGUAAGCAAGUCAAAAGUUCCUCUAAGAAAUCUAAAUCUAAAGUUAUUACAUCUCCAGAGCCUUUAGGUGUGGAGCCUCCUUCUGUGGAAGGUGACGCUGAGGGUGCCAGUAGCCACUUAAUAUUUGACCACUCAGAAAAGAACAAUGCGUUUUCAGAUCCUAAACUAGUUGAAACUUCCUCUAAGAAAGCUAAAUCUAAGAAGUCUGUUGAACAUACAGAACCUGUCGAUGGGAAGAUCCCAUCAGAAAAAGCUGAUGCUGGGGUGGCCAAUAAGCAGUUCAUAUCUGAUCAUUCAGAGACUCCAUCAAAAAUAGCCAAGGCUAAAAAGUCUAUUGAUAUUCUUAGUCCUACACAGGUUCAGACUCCUUCUAAGAAAGCUAAAGCUAAGAAAGCUAAAGAGCCUCCAGAACCUUUAGCUGUAAAGAGUCCAUCAACAAAUGCUGAUGCAGAGGUUGCCUGCACACACUUGACGUCUGAUCAGGUAGAGACUCCAUCAAAAACAGCCAAGGCUAAAAAGUCUGAUGAUAUUCAGAGUCUUAUACAAAUUGAGACUCCCUCUAAGAAAGCUAAAGCUAAGAAAGCUAAAGAGCUUCCAGAAACAUUGGCCGUGAGGACUCCGUCAACAAAUGCUGAUGCAGAGGUUGCCUGCACACACUUGACAUCUGAUCAGGUAGAGACUCCAUCAAAAACAGCCAAGGCUAAAAAGUCUGAUGAUAUUCAGAGUCUUAUACAAAUUGAGACUCCCUCUAAGAAAGCUAAAGCUAAGAAAGCUAAAGAGCUUCCAGAAACAUUGGCCGUGAGGACUCCGUCAACAAAUGCUGAUGCAGAGGUUGCCUGCACACACUUGACGACUGAUCAGGUAGAGACUCCAUCAAAAAUAGCCAAGGCUAAAAAGUCUAAUUAUAUUCUUAGUCCUAUGCAGGUUGAGACUCCCUCUAAGAAAGCUAAAACUAAGAAAGCUAAAGAGCUUCCAGAGCAUUUAGCUGUGAAGACUCCAUCAACAAAUGCUGAUGCAGAAGUUGCCUAUAGACAUUUGACGUCUGAUCAGGUAGAGACUCCAUCAGAAACAGCCAAGGCUAAAAGGUCUGGUGAUAUUCAAGGUCUUCUACAAAUUGAGACUCCCUCUAAGAAAACAAAAGCCGAAAAAGCUAGAAAGCCUCCAGAGCCUAUAGCUGUGAACACCCAAACUGGCAAAGUUGAUGCUGAGGAUGUCAAUAGCCACUUAAACUUUGAUCACUCAGAGUCUCUGUCAACAAAAACAGAAAGUGCUGUGGAGCCUGAAUUAGGUGAGAAACCCUCUAAGAAAGUAAAAGCUAAGAAAACUGACAAUAUCUCAGAGCUAAAUAUAAUUGAAACUCCAUCUCAGAAAAACGGAGGUCAUGUAGCUGUUGCCCUCUCAGAAGCAGUUUACUCUGAGACGCCUUCUAAAAAAGCUAAACAUCAGAAAACCAAUACCCUCUCAGAAGCUCUUCUCUCAGAGACACAAUCUAAAAAGUCUAAAAAGAAGAAAAGUACAGAGGCUGAUCAUGCUGAGUCUCCCUCUAUGAAGGCUUGUUUGGAUAUCGGGGGAACUGACAAAAAACACUCCAAAAAGAGCAAAUGCAAGAUGCCUGACAACAUAGAAAGUGAUGAGACUCAUUCUGUAACGGAUAUCUCUAAAUCAGCAGAACACAUUAAAUCCAGAGUAGAUGAUGGCAGUCUUUUAACUAACCAGACAAUUUCAUCAGAGGAUAUCAGCAGCCCCAGUACCGAAACCCAGCAGGGAAAAAAGAAAAGGAAAAAUAGAGACAAAGAAAACGUAAAUGUUUCAGCUCCUGAGGAUGGUCCUGCAGAGCCAAAGAAGAGGAAGAAAGAGAAGAAAAAGACGAGAGAGAGUGAUGACAGUGUAGUGGAAGAUGUUCCACCAGCCUCAUUGUCAGAGGUGUCUGUGGAUACCGUGGCAAGCAGUCAGGAGAAAAAAAAGAAGAAAAAAAAGAAAGAUAGAGAUGAGAAGCAAGCACUCGUGCCUUCUCCUGAAGAAGAAACUCCAAAAAAGAAAAAGAAGUCUUCAAAAGAAAAGGCACACGUGAAUGAUGUGGCACAAGAAGGGCAAAUUUAAAUGCAACUGAUGAUUGGUAGACAUCUGAUCAGUCUCACAACAGAGGCUUUGGAACUGGGACAUGAAAACAACAAACAUUGUGUAUGCCGUCCUGUAUGUUUACUGCGUAACUGUAGAUAUAUGUAUAUACUUCUGUGUCUGUGUGUGUGUGUGUGUGUGUGUGUGUGUGUGAAAGAGAAUAUUUUUAAAUUUUUUAGAGGAGUGUUUUUGGACAUUUUUAGUGUGUCUAGAACGUCCUGAGCUAUGUUUUAUAUUUAUGUAUUCAUUUUUAAAGUGAGAUGAACAUACCUUAACUUUGCUGGUACAUGGAUUUGAGGACUCCCCUAAACAAAACUGAUGUCACCAACAGAUGUUCAGAUGCUCAGAUGCAUCUUUUAUAAUCUUGCCAUUUAUGAUCAUUGUUGUGAAAAAGAACCACUGUCUACUGUAUAUUACAUAAUAACUGUAUUUCUCUUUGUAAUGUUUUUGACAAAUAUAUUUUCACAUUUUCUUA